UACAUGUCUCCCUUGUUUAUUUUUUUAUUCGGAUUUGAAUAUUCGUACCGAGAAAAUAAAUAUCGCGAGAUUAUGUUUUGCCGAUAAAUUCUCUGCGAAUGCCAUCAUCCCUGUCGCAAAAUCCACGGCCGACCAAUCCAAUCUUGGUGGAUAUACUCCUCUGUAGUUCUCUCCAUCCAAUGGUGUCAUCCCAACUUCUUCCUUCUCCCUCUCCAAGCUUCAUUUUGCCCUCCAACAAUCUAUGGGGAAAUUGCAGAGUUGGUGGUGUUGGUCUUGCUGGUUCUGCAUACCAACUGGCCUCAGGGAUUACUUAUCGUAAUCAGGUUUGCAGAGCGCAAUCUAGAGCAAGUGAGCAGCCAUCGUCAUGGCUGGCUCAGUUGCCAGAGGACGAGGUACAAGAUGGUCCCAUCCAGUUGCCACCAUUGCCGUCUUCCUCCUCUUCUUCUUUUGGGGACCCUUUCGACACGUCCAACCCUUCGCCUAUUCAGGUCUCCACCAGCGUUCUCCUCACCGGCGCUAUUUCUGUCUUCCUCUUCCGUUCUCUGAGACGCCGAGCUCGCCGCGCCAAGGAGCUUAAAUUGCGGUCUUCUGAAGCCAAAAGCUUGAAGGAAGAAGCUAUUGAGAACUUAAAGGCCAUGGGGACAACCACAUUGAAGGAGGGGCCGCCACCCUCGCCCGUGCAAGCUUUACUCGGCGGCCUCGCUGCUGGAGCGAUUGCGCUGAUCCUCUACAAGUUCACCACCACCAUUGAAGCUGCAUUGAAUCAGCAGGCCAUCUCCGACAACUUCUCGAAAAUCCUCUUUUACAGAUGUACGCUCCGUCGCAUGAGAUUUUCUUGUCAGCUUCAGAUCGAACUGCUCAUUCUCCCACAAGUAAAAACAGGACAUGCUUGCACCUUGGCAAAUGACGUGUUCCUUUGUGAUUACCUUUCUUAAGGUAGUAGCACCUAGUUGAUGGGGUAGAAAUUACCAAUGUCAAGAACGUUAGUCCCGAGUGAAUCUCUUUUUUCACCAUAUUUUCCCUACGUUUUCUUCUAGGGGUUAGUCGCCAUUGGAUUUUUAAAUACCCACUUCAGUAUCCAUUUUUUGACGGGUUUCUUCCAGAUAUCACAGUUCAUAGCUGCCCGUUCUUUUCUCAAGUUCGAAAUAUGGAACGAGAGAUCAUGUCUACUGCACCUGCUGGCAAUAGCAACAAUUUUCUCUGUUUUUUGGUAGAUGAAUCAUACCCACUGUAGACCGAUGUUUUAAUGUAGUUCCGCGCGUUUCUAGCGCCUUGAGUACGUACGUGUUUGUGUGCAUUCAUAGUUUCUAGUUUUCUAUAGAGUUUGUGAAGCCAUUAUCAAAUAUAGUUAUCGGUCUGUUACAUGUGUCCCAGUUAACUUAGACCUGUAAUCGGUGAUUGCAGUUCUGAGCGUAGCAUUAAACAAUGAUGUUACAGUUCAAAGUCAAAAGAAAAUGCGUAUAAAAAGUCAUUUCUCUGUUGCCUUUAAAGCAAUUCAUCUAAAAGAAUUGUAUCCGUGCAACUGUUCUGCUAAAAUAUUUUACUGUGGCAGCAUUUUCUCUCUCUAUCUCCACAACCACCACCCCCCCCCCUUUUUCUCUCCCGGGUGAAUUUCAGUUAUUUGUAUCACUGUUCUUCAGUUGAAUGUAAAAAAGUUCUGUAGCUUCCGCUUUAUUAUAUCUCUGAUAAC